UCGUCAAACCCUCCUUCUAUUGGCCACUUUUUUGUUGAAUUUUUCAGUCGUUUCCAGGCGUAACAAUAUCCAGACUUUCUCCGAAAUCUCAUUUCCAUAGGAGACGGUGAAAAAUUGUCAAAUUAUACCAGAUAUCACAUCUAUACUACCAAUAUCUGCAUAAAUUCGACCUGUAGCAACUUUUUGUGAUUAUCCUGCGAUGACAUCCAAUUUCCAGCGAAUACCGGCUCGUCCCAGCCGAGGUGAUUCCACCAACAAGGAUGUUCCACCUCCGUCAAUAGUGACAGCAGUAGCCAAACAACAGGACCGGUUAUACUUGCUCAGACUCGAGAAGGAUUUGAUUGCCUUUAUCAAUGCUCUCAACAAUUCAGUUUCAAAUGAACUGGAACCAGAGCCAGAGGCUGAACUAAAGGCGAGCUCCGUGCCAGAGACUGGAGCAGAAUCAGCACCAAAUCCACAAAUUCGUAAGACUACUGCAACAGACCCAGAGUAUACCAUUAAAGCACAUUUUCUUCGCAAUUCGUAUUAUAGACUCUUAAGCCACCAACUCUGCCAUUACUAUAGAUUGGGCCAUUGGAAUAACACUUCCAACGAGAUAGUUGUGACUCGUCGUGAUGGAGUCAACUAUGUAGAAUUCGGCGAGCUUCUAGCCAAAGACUCAGACAACCGGAGUUUCAGGAAAGUGUCUGAAAUUUCGCAGAGACAGCUCCACCACGGUCAGGAUCAGGAGGGCAGCAGUACUACAGCUGGAGUAGAAGGGGAAAGUUCGAAUACUGAAGCCAGUGGACCUAUCAAGCCCAAGGUACUUAUCAAGAAGAAUGAUUCUGUCAAAAACGAAACCCCAACACCAAUUGAUGAAGCUUCUUCUUUGCAAACAACUCCUGUUCCCGUGGACUCCAAUGUCAGUACACCUUCUGAAGUGUCUAUUUCGGACUCUUCCAAGAUGGAGUCAGAACGAGCAUCAAAGGAAGCAUUGUACAACAAGAUAAGAGAGCAGAUUUUCCAGGGAGGUCAGGACGAUGAAGACGAAGACGAAGCCGAUAUUGAAGAAGAUGAACGAGCCGAAACAGAGUACCACACGAUCAACAAUUAUAAUAAUAAUAACAAUGUCAAUGUCAACUUCAACAAAUAUAGCAAUAAUGAUAUCGACGAAUAUCAGCAGGACGUCUAUGGCAAUUACAACAAUAGUGGUAGCGGAGGCUAUGGAAACACAUCCAGCGAUGUGAAUCCAGGCUUCAUGCCCUACAAUCCCAUGGGAAUGUCAAUUCAGAUGCCUAUAAACUACAGUGCACAGCCUUUCAACGCAGCCAACGGCUUUUAUCCUCCACCCAGCCAUCCGGGACGGGUCGGUCCUAUACCGCCUUCUCGUGGUUCUGUUCCCAUAGGGUAUCCACCCAACUUCUAUGGGGCUCCUAUGAUGUCUCCACAGGGCUACUAUGGGUACGGAGCCAUGCCGUUGACUGCUCCUCCGUAUGAUAAAGAUACUGAGAGGCGACUCUUGAACAACCCGUACAUCAUCAUACCAGAUGAUAACAUUUUGAAGAAUAAAUCCAAGAAGUACAAAAAGCCAUACUACAAGAACAACCAAUACUACGGGGAUGGGUAUAAUGGCAACAACAAUAAUGGUAACAUAGGAAGCAGUAGCAACGAUGGCAGUCGUUAGAAGGCAUAGAUCUAUAUGAUAUAUUACACACA